GAAAAUGUUGUUACUAACUGUAGCCACCAGAGGCGCUACUAUCAUCUUCCCAAGAAUAUUUUAGGAAGACGUAAAUCAGCGUACCUGUGAGUUGCAAAUGGUGGACGGCCUGUCACCGUCGUAUCGUUAACAUCAGGUCAAAAUGCAUCGGGCUAGAACAGUUUUCAGUUCCCUGGCCCCCUUGGCCCCACGUAUCUGUGGGACUGAGAGGUUUGCCUCCUGGUUGGUACGUGGUCAUCCCUUAACUAGGAACAGUCAGGUGAUUGUGGCUGCACCUAUUCGAAAAUACAACAGUCCUGCAGCUGCGGAACCCUUUCUCAAUGGCAACUCCAGCUCUUACGUUGAAGAAAUGUACAAUGCCUGGCUUCAAGAUCCUCACAGUGUACAUGUGUCAUGGGAUGCCUUCUUUCGUAACAGUACUGCUGGAGCUAUGCCAGGUUUGGCUUAUCAGGCACCUCCAUCACUUGCACCGAGCUACAAUCAGAUACCCCUUGGAGCAUUGAUGCCCGUUGGUGGUGGAAGUCAAAUUAGUCAGCUUCCCAUCAAUGAAAAGAUCAUCGAUGACCAUCUUGCUGUUCAGGCUAUCAUUCGAUCCUACCAGAUCCGUGGGCAUCAUAUCGCUAAAUUGGAUCCACUCGGAAUCAACAGCGCUGAUCUUGACGAUAGGCAUCCUCAAGAGUUGCUCUAUAAUCAUUACUCAUUCGAGGAAACCGAUAUGGAUCGUGUCUUCAAAUUGCCGUCCACCACGUUCAUCGGUGGCAAGGAGAAGUCGUUGCCCCUCAGGGAGAUUCUGAAACGACUGGAGGCCGCGUACUGCGGUCACAUCGGCGUGGAGUUCAUGUUCAUAAAUUCGCUGGAGCAGUGCAACUGGAUCAGACAGAAGAUGGAGACACCCGGUAUAAUGGAGAUCACGAACGACGAGAAGAGACUGAUUCUUGCACGGUUGACACGUGCCACUGGGUUCGAGGCAUUCCUGGCGCGCAAGUGGUCAUCUGAGAAACGAUUUGGUCUUGAAGGAUGCGAGAUUCUGAUACCUGCGAUGAAGCAGGUAAUCGACAAGUCUACGGAAUUGGGAGUGGAGUCCAUUGUCAUGGGAAUGCCACAUCGUGGACGUCUCAAUGUCUUGGCUAAUGUAUGUCGAAAGCCUUUGAGUCAGAUCUUCACUCAGUUCGCUGCUCUGGAAGCUGCUGAUGAUGGUUCCGGAGACGUGAAGUAUCACUUGGGAACUUACAUCGAGCGUCUUAAUCGAGUCACGAACAAAAACAUAAGAUUGGCUGUGGUUGCUAAUCCAUCUCACUUGGAAGCUGCUGAUCCGGUUGUACAAGGGAAGACUCGUGCUGAACAAUUUUAUCGUGGAGAUGGCGAGGGCAAGAAGGUCAUGUCCAUUCUUUUGCAUGGAGACGCUGCCUUCUGUGGUCAGGGCAUCGUUUUCGAAACCAUGCACUUGUCCGAUUUGCCGGAUUACACCACUCAUGGAACGAUUCAUAUUGUUGUUAACAAUCAGAUUGGUUUCACCACUGAUCCCAGGCAUUCGAGAUCUUCGCCUUACUGUACUGACGUUGCUCGCGUUGUCAACGCUCCCAUCUUCCACGUGAACUCGGACGAUCCCGAAGCGGUGAUGCAUGUCUGCAAAAUUGCUGCUGAAUGGAGAGCUACCUUCCACAAGGAUGUUGUUAUUGACAUUGUAUCUUACAGGCGCAAUGGACAUAACGAAAUUGAUGAACCCAUGUUCACGCAGCCUCUUAUGUAUCGCAAGAUCAAGAAUACUCCGCCUGGUCUUGAUCUUUAUGCUAACAAGCUGAUCAGUGACGGUGUUGUUACUCCCGAGGAAGUCAAGGACGUCAAAGACAAAUACGAAAAAAUUUGCGAGGACGCAUACGUCAAUGCCAAACAGGAAACCCACAUCAAGUACAAGGACUGGCUCGACUCUCCCUGGUCCGGAUUCUUCGAGGGUAAGGACCCUCUGAAGGUAUCGCCCACGGGUAUCAAGGAAGACACUCUGGUUCACAUCGGCAAGAAGAUGUCAUCUCCUCCACCGAAUGCUGCGGAAUUCGUCAUCCACAAGGGUAUCGAACGUAUUUUGAAAUCUCGUAUGGAGAUGAUCGAGUCUAGAACUGUCGACUGGGCUCUUGGCGAAGCUAUGGCUUUCGGUUCUCUUCUCAAGGAAGGUAUUCAUGUGAGGCUGUCAGGUCAGGACGUCGAAAGAGGUACCUUCUCUCACAGGCAUCAUGUCCUUCAUCAUCAGACGGUGGACAAGGCUACGUAUAGACCCUUGUGCUAUCUCUACCCGGAUCAAGCACCGUACACAGUGUGCAACAGUUCGCUCUCUGAAUUCGGUGUUCUUGGAUUCGAAUUGGGAUACUCAAUGACCAAUCCUAAUGCUCUUGUCUGCUGGGAGGCUCAAUUUGGUGACUUCAACAAUACCGCUCAAUGUAUUAUCGAUCAAUUUAUCAGCAGCGGUCAAGCCAAAUGGGUUCGUCAGUCUGGACUCGUGAUGCUGCAACCUCAUGGUCUUGAAGGAAUGGGUCCUGAGCACUCGAGCGCUCGUCUUGAGCGAUUCUUGCAGAUGUGCGCCGAUGACCCCGACUACUUCCCACCCUUGAGCGAAGAGUUCGCCGUACGCCAACUUCACGACAUCAACUGGAUCGUAGCUAACUGCAGUACACCUGCCAACUACUUUCACAUUCUUCGCCGACAGAUUGCCUUGCCCUUCCGCAAGCCCUUGAUCCUCAUGACUCCCAAAUCGCUUCUUCGUCAUCCCGAAGCUAAGUCCAGCUUCGACUUGAUGACUGAGGACACGCAGUUCCUCAGGAUUAUACCUGAAGAGGGUGUGGCUGCUCAGAAUCCCAACAAGGUCAAGAGGGUACUCUUCUGUUCCGGUAAAGUUUUCUACGAUCUGAAGAAAGCUCGCACUGAGAGGCAACUGGAGGAGACCGUUGCUAUUACCAGAGUCGAACAGAUCUCGCCCUUCCCGUACGAUCUCAUUAUGAAGGAGGUUGCUAAAUAUCCAAAUGCUGAUCUGAUCUGGGCACAGGAGGAACACAAGAACCAGGGUGCCUGGACAUACGUACAGCCCAGGUUCCAGACUGCAUUCAACGGAGCGCGUGGUGUAACUAGCAGUGGUGACUCGAGCGCGGGUGAAAAUAGUGGCGGGUGGUUUAGUGGCUGGUUUUCAUCGUCUAAGUCGUCAGAACCUGUGAAAGCGACAGAGUCAAAAUCGACAGAACAAGAAAAUCCAAAAGAGAGAACAGUGAGAUACGCCGGACGUCCCACCGCAGCGUCGCCAGCUACCGGAAGUAAAAUGCAACACCUCAAAGAACUGAAACAAUUACUGGACGACGCCCUCAAUCUUUAAUUCUUUCAUAGCACUGUGUAGCAAAAAAAUUUUAUUUAUUCUUCUCCCCUUUUAUUAUAGUAAUUGUUAUACAGAUCGUUCUCUACUCUAUAAAGUAACGUAAGAUCAGUCACCGUUGUCUGAAUAAUUUCACGUAGUCUCAUCCCCGCAUUAGUUUGCCCCCCUAAUUGAUCUUGUAAAGGAGCUUUGUUUUCUCUACUUUUUUUUUACAUUAACGCAAAAUACAAUUAUUCUAGUUAACGAAGUACAAUAAUUAUUGAGACUUGUAAUAAUUGUUUUAUUCUUUUUAAGUUUCAUUCAAACUAUCUUUUGCGCCUGGUAUCGAUUGUAUAUUCGACAUUACGUAUCUUUUUUUCCUGAACGCGUCGUGACAGUGAUUAGUCACUGACUGUGUGACAAUCAGUGACUGAUUAUUUAUUUACUAUUUAUUUUUCCAAAUAAAAUUAAAGGAAGUGAUCGACAUACCAACGCGACGUCAUUGUCACGACGUUGAUAUCCGUCGGCGCGGUCCAAAUUUAUAAAUGUAUUUUGUGUUAAUCUUUGAAAACAACAAUUAUGGUGCGAAUAAUCACACGGAUUUCUAUGCUUUUUCUUUCUUUUCUUGUUAAUAAUGUCCAUAUCUCAAGUUUAUCCGUGAAAUGUAAAGAUUGAUAUUGAAGUAUUAUUUUUAAUUUAUGCUAAUCACUGCGUUAUGAGAUUACAGUGCGAAAGUAAUGCGCAGUUACGUACAGGGAGUUUCAGGCGAAACUUUUCAUGACUGUGUCAGAUCAGCCUGGAAUAAUAUUGAGGGAUGUGAUGGAUUUGUCGCGAUUAUGUAAACCGGGGAUGCCAACCACUUUAACUUUUUAUCGUUGCUGUGUUUUUGUAAAAAAUUAAAUGAUUGGCAAGCGCAUCGAUAUAUGUAUAUAUACAUAUAUAUAUAUAAGAAAAAUGUGACGGACUCGGCUAUCUGAUGUUUCUUUUAAAUCAGCAAUAUCUACCUGUCACGAGUAACAACUUCAGAAAGCAUGAAAAGUUUCUCAAGGGUCUGUUACAAUGCGAUUUAUUAAGAUAAAAGUAAAAUUAACAAUUAAAACAUGAAACUUAACACACGAACAAAAAACCUUUAGCGAUAUAUAAAUUAACGUAAUAAUUUAAAUGUAAAUUCAACGAAUUUAUCGUUGCUUCACAUUAGACAUUACACGCACUCCGAAUCCACAGUAUUUAUGGUUUAUCAAACUCUGAAGUAAUUAAUGAAAAUUAUUGUUUCCUCUAAUUAAUAAACACGUUGGACCUCGACACGCAAUAGGGAUUCGAGCUAUUUAAAGGCUAGCACGUGCAACAAUGACGUAACUUUGUUUUGUCAUUUAGCGUAAUGGGAAAAGAAUUAAUUAUAAUUCACAAUGCAAUAUGGUAUCCGAUCUUUACUGUAUCGAUCUUGUCGAUUGAUCGGCUGUAGCGGCAUUUAUAACUUAGGAUCUUGUAGAUUUGCGACGUGGUCCAAUAUUAUAAUUCGAUGUAACUAUUUUGUUUGACACUACUCGUAUUAGUAUCUGCAUAAUGUUAUAAUUUAAAAAUGGAAAAAGAAAUGAAAAUUUUGUGAAUAUUUAUCUAGACCAAUGAAGUCCGAUUGAAAGUAAAGUUCAUGAUGAUAGGCUAUAUUUUAUUUAGUGAGGAAAAUCAAGAUAUUAAAUUACACGGUAUAAAUAGG